GCAGAUACAUUUCUUUUGUCCAAUUACCGUCAAUAUUUCAUCUAUCGAUAGCGGUGGGAAGUUCUGUUAACGGCGGAGGGAUAUUUAUGUUCUGAUCAAAAUUCGAUAACCCUGAAAUGGGAAAUUUAUGAUUAUAUGUGAAGGCUUGUAUUUAAAUAUGUACUUGUGCCACAUGGAUUGUGGACUUUGGAAAAUUAACGUCACACGAAUUAUGUUUACGUGGCGAUAACGUUCAGCGCGUGUUGUAUUAUCGGCUGCAGGGGUUGAUAUCUUUCUAAGCAAUAAAUCGUCUGUUAUCAGCUUUAGCAUGUGUGGGACGGAUUCCAAAUUUGGCGAAAUGAAGGCCCUAAUCCUUGUCGGCGGCUAUGGUACCCGGCUCCGCCCACUAACUCUAAGUCGGCCAAAGCCACUUGUUGAAUUUGCUAAUAAACCCAUGUUGCUACACCAGAUGGAAGCAUUGGUGAAGGCUGGAGUAACCCAAAUUGUGUUGGCAGUGUCAUAUCGUGCCGAACAAAUGGAACAAGAAUUGAGUGAUGAAGCCAAGAAGCUGGGAGUCAGUCUAUUGUUUUCACAUGAGACAGAGCCCCUCGGUACUGCGGGGCCACUUGCACUUGCUAAAGAUAUUCUGGGAGCAAGUGAUGAAGCAUUUUUUGUCCUGAACUCUGAUAUCAUAUGUGAAUUUCCUUUCAAGGACUUGGUGGCUUUCCAUCAGAGUCAUGGUCAGGAAGGCACGAUCGUUGUCACAAAGGUGGAGGAGCCCUCCAAGUAUGGUGUUGUGGUGUAUGGGGAACAAGGGCGCAUCCAGAGCUUCAUCGAGAAGCCCCAGGAAUUUGUUUCCAACAAGAUCAAUGCAGGAAUGUAUAUCUUGAGUCCGUCUGUUCUGCGUCGCAUUCAGUUGCGUCCGACAAGCAUUGAGAAGGAGGUUUUUCCAGAUAUGGCUCGUGAGGGUCAGCUGUAUGCCAUGGAACUUCAAGGCUUCUGGAUGGAUGUUGGACAGCCGAGAGACUUCCUCACAGGUAUGUGUCUGUACCUGACUUCACUGCGGCAAAACAAUGCUGCCGCACUCCAUUUAGGUCCUGGCAUUGUGGGAAAUGUCCUAGUGGAUCCAACAGCUAAGAUUGGACAGGGCUGUCGCAUUGGACCAAAUGUGACAGUUGGUCCUGGAGUGGUGAUUGAGGAUGGCGUGUGUGUGAAGCGCAGCACAUUGCUUCGAGGAGCUACUGUGCGUUCACACUCCUGGCUCGAUGGCUGCAUCAUUGGGUGGCGGAGUGUUGUGGGUCAGUGGGUUCGUAUGGAGAACACCACAGUUCUGGGGGAAGAUGUGAUUGUGAAGGACGAGAUAUACAUCAAUGGAGGUCAGGUUCUGCCACACAAGUCUAUUGCUGCAUCUGUUCCAGAACCACAGAUCAUCAUGUGAGAGGCUGCAGUUUUGACACCCAGCCUGGACUCCAGCUGUACUGACUUGGGUUCUCGGUGGUUUUCCUCUCUCCCUGCAAUGAUCAGUAGGCUGCAACUGCUUCAGAGUCUUUUCCAGUUGAUCCUUCUGUUCUACAUUGUACAACCUGUGUGGUUAAUAAAGUGUCAUUAAAUAGACAA